GGCAGUUGAGACUAAAGAAUCUUCGCUCUGUUCAUACCCAUCCUGAGGAAUUCUGAGAUCUUCGGCCGAUGCGAACACUGGAUUUAAUGACACGAGAGGUGGGACCUCAGUUCCAGAGUGGGGGGGUGUGUCUCCUGAGGGAGGAGGCCCUGGGUGGAGACCUAUUAAAACACACGGCUACAGGGGUGGUGAGCAUCCUUUUAAGAGCAACACACUGCCAGCGUGUGUGUGUGUGUGUGCUGAUCUGUGUGUGAAGCAGAAGCACUACGACUUCACACCUUCCUGUUGGCUGGACUCCUAAAGGAGAACCCCCAGAAGCGGGCCCCUCUCUGGGCUAGGGGAACACACCUCCAGCCUAGCUGAGGACGGACAAGGACAAGGACACUCCCAAGAGCAAUGUGACGGCUGGACUCAUCCAGCACCUGACAGGCUGUUAUGGAUCUGAGCACCAGCACACAGUGAACUCACACGUGUCCAGUCACAAUGAUCCCAGUUCUGUUUUUGGUGGCAACCACAAUAACACCCAAUUACUCUUCCAGUGGAAACAAAACCAGUGAGGACCAGCACCAGAGCCAGCACAUCCUCCCCACUCUGCUGGUUCUCUCCCUGCUGCUGGUCAUCAUUGUGCUCCUGGCCUGGUACUUUCACAGGUUAAGAAACCAGAGAAAGGCUGUUGUCACCACAGUCGACAAGAAGAUACCGAAUGGCAUUUUGGAAGAGCCAGAACAGACUGUGGUGCUGCUCCCCAGAUCCCCCACGGCCUCCAGGACCUACCUCCCCAUCCCCGUGGACUGCCUGGAGGAAGAGUUCCGGCUCCGCUCUGCUGACGAUGGCAAGCUCUUCAGGGAGGAGUUCAACUGCCUGCCCAGCGGCUACACCCAGGGAACGUGCGACGAGGCCAACAAGGAGGAGAACAAAGACAAGAAUAGAUACCCCAACAUUCUACCAUAUGACCAGUCCAGAGUGGUGCUGACUCAGCUGGAGGGAAACCCCUGUUCAGACUACGUGAACGCUUCUUUCAUUGAUGGGUACACAGAAAAGAACAAAUUCAUCGCAGCACAAGGACCGAAGCAGGACACAGUUGCAGAUUUCUGGCGGAUGAUAUGGGAGCAGAAGGUGGCCACCAUAGUGAUGCUGACAAACCUCAAAGAGAGGAAGGAGGACAAAUGUUACCAGUACUGGCCCGAUCAGGGCUGCUGGACCUAUGGCAACAUCCGCGUGGCUGUGGAAGACUUCACAGUCCUGGUGGACUACACCAUACGCAAGUUCUGUGUUCAAUACCAGGCCAGCGACACGUCCAAGACCCCACGCCUGGUCACCCAGCUGCACUUCACCAGCUGGCCAGACUUUGGGGUUCCUUUCUCUCCCAUCGGCAUGCUCAAGUUCCUCAAGAAGGUCAAGCUGGUCAACCCCUCCUUCGCUGGACCCAUUGUGGUCCACUGCAGCGCUGGCGUAGGCCGAACAGGCACCUUCAUCGUCAUCGACGGCAUGAUUGACAUGAUGCACCUGGAGCAGAAGGUCGACGUCUUUGGUUUUGUCUCCAAGAUACGAGACCAGCGUUCUCAGCUGGUCCAGACAGACAUGCAGCACUCCUUCAUCUACCAGGCCCUGCUGGAAUACUACCUCUACGGGGACACUGAGCUGGACGUGUCUUCUCUGGAAGGACACCUGCACAAACUCCACAACACCUCGGCUCCCCUCGACAGAGUGGGCCUGGAGGAGGAGUUCAAGAAACUUACCAACAUGCGAAUCAUGAAGGAGAACAUGAGGACGGGGAAUCUGCCUGCCAACAUGAAGAAGAACCGAGUCCUCCAGAUCAUUCCAUAUGACUUCAACAGAGUGAUUCUCUCCAUGAGAAGAGGGCAGGAGUUCACAGAUUACGUCAAUGCAUCUUUCAUCGACGGCUACAGGCAGAAGGACUACUUCAUAGCCACCCAGGGCCCUCUGUCCCACACAGUGGAGGACUUCUGGAGGAUGGUGUGGGAGUGGAAGUGUCACUCCAUUGUCAUGCUGACAGAGCUCCAGGAGAGAGAGCAGGAAAAGUGUUUGCAGUACUGGUCCACAGAGGAUUCUGUCACCUAUGGGGACUACAGCAUAGAGAUGAAAGGGGACACUUUGUGUGACACCUUUAGUCUACGAGACUUGGUCCUCACUUUUGGCCCGGAGAAGCAAACAAGACUGGUCAGGCACUUCCACUUCCACGGCUGGCCUGAGAUUGGCAUCCCUGCAGAGGGCAAGGGCAUGAUCGACAUCAUCGCCUCAGUGCAGAGGCAGCAGCAGCAGUCAGGAAACCAUCCUAUUGUGGUUCACUGCAGUGCUGGUGCUGGGAGAACAGGUACGUUCAUUGCUCUUAGCAACAUCCUGGAGCGGGUCAAGGCUGAGGGGCUGCUGGAUGUGUUCCAGACUGUGAAGAGUUUACGAAUGCAGAGGCCCCAUAUGGUCCAAACAGUGGAACAGUAUGACUUCUGCUACCGGGUGGUACAAGACUUUGUUGACAUUUUCUCAGACUAUGCCAAUUUUAAAUGACCUUUUUGCCUUAAAUAUGUUUGUUUAAUGUUGUUUUUUAUAAUACCAGUUGGUUAGAAUUUGUGUUUUACUUAGCGGGUGAAAUUAUCUUCUAUUUUGCUAUGCACUUUUUCUGUCUGUAACUAAUGCUUCAUCCAUCCCUCGCUGUAAUAUAGUGUCUGUCCGUGGAUAAAUAUUUUAAAUUAAAAACUCAGAUGAAUAAUGUAUAUUUCACUGCAUUUAUAUUUCUUAUUUUGUCAUAGAAUUUCAACUGGAAUUUCAACCUUGGUCUAAUUUUGUUGUAUAAUACCAUAAUUGUUUAUUCAAAGUGUUCUUUUUUGACUCACCCUAAUAUAUAUUUUUUUUCUUUUUUGUAAAGGUAUUUAUGUAUUUUUGCUGUAUUUUUUGUCCUGCAAUUGGAGAACAAAAUGCGAAUGUUAAGAUAUUUUAUUUAUGUCAAAGUGUGUUCUUACAAUGAUUGAUAACUUCUAUCUGUGA